UUGACCUCUGACAGGGAUAAAUAGAGCACUCUCUCAAACCAAAUUCAUCAGCUCAUCCAACACUUGGUUCAGUGCGGCUCCCGACUUCGAAUCCAGAAGACUCUCAUACGGUCGUUUAUCUGUCAGCUAUGUCGACCUCCAUGAUCACACAAGGAAUUCCUUUUCCUGCUUCAUCUGCGACAUUCACAGUCGCCAAUGCGGAGACCGGUGCUCACCUGGUGGUGGAGGAUCGAUCUGGUGCACCGGGCGAGUACAGCGUCACAGUGUCAACCACUGAGACACACGCCGAAAACUUGAAUUUCAACCUCGUGGCCUCGACAUAUCCCGACCAGCCGCUCAACACCUGCUACCAUAUCCAGACCGUUUACGCCAAAACUGCGAGCGCGAUCGCCGACGAUGGGGAUGAGAGUGACGACGAGGACGUCGGUCCAGACACCGGACCCGUCAUUUCGAAGCUGGAUCAAGCCGACAAGAAGCAACUGUGGUUCAUCGAGCCUUCCACGGAGUUCGGCGAUGGAUGCUUCCGCUUCAGGAACGCCAACACCAAUGGCUACCUCUACCAAGACCAGAAUUACGGGCUGCAGUCGAAGCCCGCGACGCAGGAGGAGCGCCGCCAGGACUGGGUCCUGCAGUUCGACCCAUCCGCAGGUUCGAAUGUUCCGGUCGGGAUCCCUCUGAUUCACACUCAGUUCAGGAUCAGCAACUUGGCGUACAAGAAGGUCAUUCACGCCAAGCUGAGUGGUGACAAGGGCAUCAUCGGCCUGCAGAACGAGGUGACUCUCCGUAAGGACCAGGUGUUCACCCUCGUUCCGUCCACACGGCAACCAGGAGUUUACCACAUGCGCAGUGUGUACACGGACUUCUACGUCUCUCAAUCUACCACCGGCAACCUCAGCCUGGUGCCACUCAGUCACGGCGAUAUGAAGCAGGCCUGGAGCCUCGUCCCAACCACCAUUAAGCCGGGAUUCUACCGAUUGCAGAACGUCGCAAGCGCUGAAUUCGUCAUGGUUACCCUGGACCGCACACACUACGUCCUCGGAACGGACGCAAAGCCGGAACGCGAGUACCAGUGCUGGAAUUUCUUAGGCGCAUGAGCCGGUCCCUUUGGUCGCUGCUGGCCACCGUGGUCGGGGAUACGAUCCUUCGAGCAAACUCUGGCCUCAGACAUGAUCCAGCUAGAUAAUCGUACUACAGUAAGUACAUUUCGUGUGCAGAUCGCUGAAAUGUUGCCAGUGACUCUAAGCUUUCUACGUGUGGAUCUCUAGUAAUUUUACGGACCGCUACAAGUCUAUCAGAUCCAAACGAGUUGAUUUCUGACGUCGUCAAUUACUUUCUUGGCAUACCAGCAUCAGGUCGUUGGUACUCAGAAUCACGUUCUGCAGUAAAAUAUAUCUGUGGCUUAUAGCGUUCAAAAUUGUGACUGAUCGUUGAGCUCUUGACUUUCUCUGCGAGUCGGAUGUGCUCAGACACUUAGAUCUGAACAGCUGUAAGCAGUGCAUUGUCUGACAAAUGCUCAACGCUAUCAAUAUAUUACUAGCAUUUUAUCAUUCCAAACUUC